UCCCCGCGCGGAGCCGGCAGAGAGGGGAGCUUGCCGAGACAGAGGGCCCCGCCCCGGCUCCAUUGUUGAGGCGCCGCGGCUCUGCCGUCUGCCGCUACGGGCUGCGCUCUCUCGGCCGGCGCCCGGGCGGGAGCGGCGCUGCGAGGCGCGGCCUGAGCAAUGGAAGAGUUAAUAGUGGAACUUCGCCUCUUUCUUGAACUCCUGGACCAUGAGUAUCUCACUGCAACUGUCAGGGAGAAGAAGGCCGCACUGACCAACAUCCUGCUGCGGAUCCAGUCGCCCAAAGGUUUUGAAGUGAAGGAUCAUGCUCAGAAGCAAGAGGCCAGCAGCCUGCCAGCACCCCCUCAGAUGCCUCUGCCAGAGAUUCCUCAGCCCUGGCUGCCUCCUGACAGCGGGCCUCCACCUUUGCCGACAUCCUCUCUCCCGGAAGGUUACUAUGAGGAGGCCGUGCCGUUGAGUCCUGGGAAAGCUCCGGAAUACAUCACAUCAAAUUAUGACUCGGAUGCGAUGAGCAGCUCCUACGAGUCCUAUGAUGAAGAGGAGGARGAGGGGAAGGGGAAGAAGACCCGGCACCAGUGGCCCUCAGAGGAGGCGUCCAUGGACCUGGUGAAGGAUGCCAAGAUCUGUGCCUUCCUGCUGCGCAAGAAGCGCUUUGGCCAGUGGACCAAGUUGCUCUGUGUCAUCAAGGACGCCAAGCUGCUGUGCUAUAAGAGUUCCAAGGACCAGCAGCCUCAGAUGGAACUGCCUCUCCAAGGCUGCAACAUCACCUACAUCCCGAAAGACAGCAAGAAGAAGAAGCAUGAGCUGAAAAUCACCCAGCAAGGCACCGACCCCCUUGUCCUCGCAGUCCAGAGCAAGGAGCAAGCUGAGCAGUGGCUGAAGGUGAUCAGGGAAGCCUACAGUGGCUGCGGUGGCCCUGCGGAUCCCGAGUGUGUUCCACCUCCCAGUGCCCCAGUUCAUAAGGCAGAGCUGGAGAAGAAGCUGUCUUCAGAGAGACCCAGCUCAGAUGGGGAGGGUGCUGUGGAGAAUGGCAUUGCCUCGUGCAACGGAAAAGAGCAAGUGAAGAGGAAGAAAAGUUCCAAAGCAGAAGCCAAGGGAACCGUGUCUAAAGUCACUGGGAAAAAAAUUACCAAGAUCAUUGGUUUGGGCAAGAAGAAGCCAUCCACCGACGAGCAGACAUCGUCAGCCGAGGAGGACGUCCCCACCUGCGGCUACCUGAACGUGCUAUCCAACAACCGCUGGCGGGAGCGCUGGUGCAGAGUGAGGGACAACAAGCUUGUCCUCCACAAGGACAGGACUGACCUGAAGACCCACGUYGCGUCCAUUCCCCUCCGUGGCUGUGAGGUGAUCCCAGGCUUGGACUCCAAGCACCCGCUGACCUUCCGGCUGCUUCGCAAUGGACAGGAGGUCGCUGUGUUGGAGGCCUCUUCUUCUGAAGACAUGGGCAGGUGGAUUGGGGUCCUGCUGGCUGAGACGGGGUCGUCGACAGACCCGGGAGCUCUGCACUACGACUACAUAGACGUGGAGAUGUCUGCAAACAUCAUUCAGACGGCCAAGCAGACCUUCUGCUUCAUGAACAGGCGUGGGGUGUCCACCAGCCCCUACCUAGGGAGCACCUCCAAUGGAUACGCUCACCCCAGUGGGACAGCCCUGCACUACGAUGACGUCCCCUGCAUCAACGGCUCGCUCAAGGGGAAGAAGCCCCCCGUGGCAUCUAAUGGGGUUCCUGGGAAAGGGAAGGCUCCCAGCAGUCAGCAGAAAAAAGUGGAUUCUGCAGCCAGCGUGAGACGGACGGCUUCAAAUGCUGACCAGUACAAAUAUGGCAAGAACCGGGUGGAAGCGGAUGCCAGGCGCUUGCAGACCAAAGAGGAGGAGCUGCUAAAGAGGAAGGAGGCGCUGCGGGACCGGCUGGCGCAGCUCCGCAGAGAGAGGAAGGACCUGAGGGCCGCCAUCGCAGUGAAUGCAGGCAGGAAGACCCAGGUGGUCCUGGAGGACAAACUGAGGAAGCUGGAGGAGGAGUGCAAGCAGAGGGAGGCGGAGCGGGUCAGCCUGGAGCUGGAGCUGACUGAGGUCAAGGAGAGCCUGAAGAAAGCCCUGGCUGGCGGCGUCACCCUGGGGCUGGCCAUUGAGCCAAAGUCAGGGACAUCAAGUCCACAGUCUCCCGGGUUGAGGCAUCGCACUCUGGAAAACUCGCCCAUCUCCAGUUGUGACACCAGUGACGCAGAAGGGCCCCUGCCUGUGAACAGCGCUGCCGUCCUGAGGAAGACCCAGCCAGCCGCGAGCAACUCCCCCUGCCGGGGGCAUGUGCUGCGGAAGGCCAAGGAGUGGGAGUUGAAGAAUGGCACAUAAAUGGCACAUAAAUGGCCAGGCCACCCAGCCUCAGAUGGGGGCCGCACAUGUCCCCUGGCCUCCUCGCAGCGACUGUGGAUGCACUCCCCAGUGUGGCCAAGCAUGACUCCCGAGGGCCUGCGAGCAAGCCGCCGUGGCUCACGCGUGUUCUUUCUACUGUACCAUGGUGCCCUUUAGAGCAGCUACUAUGAGGCUUUGAUUUUGAACUAUAUUUGAUAAAAACAGAAACGAAGAGGGAUGACAAGCUGUUUAAAGACCCUGUAGAGGGCGGAAGGUCACCUAUCCAGCCAGACUGCACGCUCAGCCCCAGCCCUGCCGAGCCUGCAGACAUCAAGCAGCCCGUGGCCUGCACUGCGCGGCCUGCUCUGGGGUGGCUGCAGGUCUUGGCUCUCGUGGCUGUGGCGUGGAUGCGUGGCCUGUCUCAGGACCCCCCACCUGCGUGCCCUGGUUGCUGGAGGCCAAGGCGCAAGAGCGCGUGCGGGAAGCCAGUUGGCCCUUGCUCUUCCUGGUGGGCAGAUGCUUUGUCCCUGGGACAGGAAAGCUGCCACUUGCUGUAACCUGCUUUAAAAAUGUCUUUUUCUGUGUCCCACCUAGUUGGACCUGAGGAGUUUCCAGAGGUUCCAUGUCCAGUUUUGUUAGUCAUUGUUCUGCUCUGGGGGGCAGCAGAGUGCCCCUAGUAUUUGGUUAGGCUUCCCCUGGGCCUGAGGUUCGGAGCCCGUGGCCAUGUAGUGGGGGGAGGCACCAUCUUUGUGCAGGCGUCCACUGCCUGGGGUGGGAGCCGUCCUUUGGAAAGGAAGCAAGUCAUAGACCUAGAGCCCCUUGGGCCCAGCGGUGACCUUUCAGAGCCUCUCGUCUGCCCCAGCUUGAGGGGCCAAGCUGAGCCGGGAGUACGUCAGCACACGAGGCUGAGCUGUGACUCCUGAGCUUGCCGCCUCUCUCAGGUCCUGUGGGAUCCCGCUUGCCUCCUUCCCAGUGUCUCCUGGAGGGCGCUUGUGCUCAAGGACAAAGUGGAGCUGGUCGGCCGCCCACUCUGGCCCUGUUCCGAGGCCGGCCUGCCUGCGUGGUCCCCCCAGAAGGCCCCACACUGGUGAUGGACCCCCAGAGCACAGGCUCCACACCCACAGCCAGGGAUUCUCAUCAACCGUAGGAAAAGAGGGCUGGAAGCAGUGUCCCCACACUCUCCCAGGCCCUGGGCCAGCCACAGUGGCCUCAUCGUCCUCAGGCCUUCCCGGGGAGGGCCAGUUCUGCUGCCACAACCUCGGCCCCGCAGGGCUGGAGUUGGCUUUCUGUGAGCAGAAAAGCUGUCUCCAGUGAGGAAGGAAGUGUCGUAGCAGGACGGGGAGGCUGCUUGGCUGAGGCCCCCUGAAACUUGAAUUUAUUGUGAAGCCAUCUGCCAGGAGUGUCUUUGGUCCGUGAGCUGCGUGGUGUUCCCACCCCACAGCACGUGCCAGCACUGACCACAGGGGCCUCCUGCUGGAGCCCUCGCAGGGAGGCCUGGAGGGGCAGCCUCCACCAGAGCCAGUGGCUGGCUGUCACGGGGGAACCCCUUCUCUCUUGGGAGGGUUUCCCCAUCAUCACAGGAAGCUGKGACCUCUCCAUCUCCUGUGACACUGAUUUCCAUAAAGGGAAGAAAAUCAGACCUGCCAUAGAUUCCCGCUGCCUUCAGGUCAAAUGAGCUUUCUCAGCUCUGGCCCUUCUGACCGGGGCCACCCUUGCCAAGCACCAUGCCAGGUUUUGAUGGUGGCCAACCUAAGGUCUUGGCCUUGGCCAAGGCAGGGGGAGGUCAGCAGAGUGUCUUGUGCAUGGGAGGUGGCCUCGGGCACUACCAGGACCAGCUUUGUGGUACAGGCAGAGACCCAUGGCCUCAGAAUCUCCUCUGAGGACUCAGCUCUUGGUGCCAGAGCCAGGGUCUGGAGCCAGGUCUCCGCUCCAGAAGACAGGGUUGUGUCUGCAGCCCCAAGUUUGUAGCCCCCAUCACAGCCAUGGUCUCCUGGGGAGGGCACACACUGAAGCGCACUUCCCACGUCCCACAGAGCCCUUCCAUUGGUCCUGAGGAGGUGGCGCUCCGCCUGCGACUCCAUAGCGUCCCUCGCGCCCCUCGACGUUUCUAGGUGACCAGAAAGUUAGUUUAAAGUAUUUGCUUCAAAAUAAGUUAUUUAUUUGUAUAUUUUCAGUAAAUAGAGUUGUAAUUUAUGUCUGUACAUAUUGGGCGACCGGAUGCGCCUGCCCGAGGUGACAGGUCGUGGCACCUUGUCCUCCCAGACGUCCUCCGGGCCGACUCUGGGACAGCUGAGCUCGCUGACAGAUUCUGUCCUCAGGCCCAGUGGGCGGAGGUGGGGCAGCCCCUGGGGAAGUGAAGCUCUUCCGAUGGUCAGCUGUCACUUCAGCAGGCGGUCAUGAUCACAUCAGGGCUGCAGGAGGCCGGCCAGCACAGAGGAGCUGCCAGGACAGGUCAGCGGCAGCCCCUCUGGGGGCUCAGGCCCUCUUAUUCUGAGGCCACAGUGUCAUUCCUUGGGGUUCUCUCUGGGCCAUAAUUUGGCAUGAUGUCACUGUUAGGUUUUCAUAACGUUUUGUUCACUGACUGACCAUUCACAUAGGAGCAGCAUGCUAGCCAGAGGCUGGAGUUGGCCAGGCCGGCCCAGAUGCCAGAGUCCGUCCAGAUGAGUGUGGGCCUGCACACACAGAACUUUCUGGAACCCUUCUCUUUGCACUUGGAGUGGCACUGGCCACCAGGCAUGCGCCUCCGUCCCAUUCCUUCCCUGUGUGUACCUCGGUGUUGUCCAGCCCUCUGUCCGUUUUGUCUUGCUUGUCCCCAGGUUGUUUUGGCUUUUCCUAAAUAACCAGAUCUGUGCACCGAGAGCACAUGUGCAGCCACAGGACACCAGACAGCUUCAGAGGUGCUGCCUGGUGCCACCUCGCCUUCUGCCAGGUUCCAAGGGCGGCUUCCCAGGCCAUGGAGAGCCCCGCCAGCACAGUCCUUUAGAGCCCCUGCAGGGGAGAGUAGGUCCCACGGCUCCUGCUGAGGGUGGGCAGCAGCAAGGGGCCAGCGGCCUCCCACCAGAGGGAAGGCAACCUCCUUUGCCACCAGCAUCUGCCGUGUGCAUGCUGCAGGGUCCCCUCUGGUCACACAGAGGUCGGGCUAGCUUCUGCCACCGCAGUGCAGGCAGGACACCCCAAGGUCUGAAAGGGCCAUGCAGCAGGGAGGGGAGCCACUGCCUUCCUCAUCUCGUCCUCCUGCUUCCUAAAACCAUUUCUACGGGAACAGUUUUAAACCAGGGCAUGGUUUUAAAGAGGCAACUAAAUAUUUUGGUCCUGUUCUACUGUCCUCUUACAACCCGUGGAGAGCUGGGUUCAUACUGUGAAACUGAAAAUCAAAAAAGUGAAGCCGCUGUGUGUGCUCAGGCCCAGCCCGUGGAGGGCCCCAGACCGCUGUGCCCUGCCCAGCCAGGGCUUGUCGCCUUAGACACGUGGGUGUGGCCGGGACCUGACACCCUGUGGGUACCGCGGUCAUUGCCUCGGGUGCUGGCUGCCUGGCACACAAGAACRCCAGGAGUUGGCGCCCUGGGAGAAGUUGGCAGCAGCUUCUGCAGACCUUCCUUCCUAGGGACCAAAGGUUUUUGGCCAAGGCCAUCUUUCCAAUUGAUUUUCUAAUGAGAAAGGAAAUAUUCACUAGACAUUUUAGCAUCAACUUUUACACCAUAGGUAUUCAGAAUUAAUUGACCAUGGCUGUAAGUUGUAAGAUGUUUUCAUAUUAAGAAUGUAAUUAUUUCCUUAUUGUAUUUUUUAAAACUAAAGUCAUAUUUAAAUUUCUCUUUGAAAGAAACUUUUUUUUAAAUUAAAUACGUUGGUAGUGCCCAUU